GAAUAAGAAAAACGCACAGUUCGAGGACAACUCCCAGCCUGGAAACUUCGGGACGAGCAGGAAAAAGAAUACCAGACAUAUUUCUCAGAUACUUUCAUCGGGAAGUCAUAUCAAUUUGAAACUUUUUUCUUCCUUUUAUUUACACUGAUGGACGAUUUAGGAGUGUCUGAUACAUCUAACUACCCUCUCAGUCCCCGUGUUGUUUUGUUUGAUGCCCUGCUUGCUGAUCUGGAAAAUUCAGCCUUUCCUCUGGGUCACUAUCCUGUCCUACUGACCUCUGACCCUCCAGUGAACUCUGAUCCCCCAUCCAGUGCUCAGGAUCCUGCCCAGAACCGGCCACUCCCUCCAGCAUACACCCCGCAACAAACUGUUUCUGCUGCGAUGAAGUCGAAUGGCUCUCAAAACGCAGACAAACUUUACAGUACCGUAUGUAAGCCACGCUUCCCACGCACAGCAGACCCUCCUCCUGCUUUCUCCUCUGCCUCGGUUCUGGGGGGAGGGCUGAGUGAACUCGAUCACUUACUACAGGAGCUUAAUGCCACACAGUUCAACAUCGCAGAUGAGAUUUUGGCUCAAUUCCCCAGCACCAAAAAAGAUGAUAAGUCUUCAAAGUCUGGUCCGUCCUCAACUUGCUCAGCGAAACCAUCAGCUACAUCUGCUACAUUAGAGCUGGACAAACUAAUGGCGUCUCUGUCAGACUUCAGAGUCCAAAGCACAGUAUGUUUGAUACACAAUUUUAUGCAUUUAAAGCCAGCAGUAACUGUGGCGGCAUCUCCACAGCAAACAGCUUCUCGACCCCCUGCAUCCUCUGGAGGCUCAUUGGACAGCAUGUUGGGUCUCCUCCAAUCAGAUCUGAGUAGACAGGGAGUGCCUACCUCCUCGAAGGGAAACUGUUCCACUUGUCAGAAACCAGUUGUAGGACAGGUGGUAACAGCUCUGGGACGUGUUUGGCAUCCGGAGCAUUUUGUUUGCUCUGAGUGUGAAUGUGAGCUUGGCAAUUGUAAUUUCUUUGAGAAAGACGGUCGACCAUACUGUGAGCCUGACUACUUCACCCUGUACUCACCUCACUGCGCACAAUGCAACAAGCCCAUACUCAAUAAAAUGGUGACUGCGCUGGACAAAAACUGGCAUCCAGAAUGCUUUAGCUGUGUGAAAUGCAGCUGUCCAUUUGGAGAUGAAGGUUUUCAUGACCGUGAAGGGAAGCAGUACUGCCAGCAGUGUUUUCUAGCCCUUUUUGCCUCUCGUUGUCAGGGUUGUUCCCAGCCCAUCAUGGAGAAUUACAUCUCAGCCCUAAGUGCUCUUUGGCAUCCACAAUGCUUUGUUUGUAGGGAAUGCUAUAGCCCAUUUGUGAAUGGGAGUUUCUUUGAGCAUGAGGGCCAACCCUUAUGUGAAGCUCACUACCACCAGUCCCGAGGCAGCUUGUGCCAGGCAUGCCAGCAGCCCAUCCUGGGGCGCUGUGUCACCGCGAUGGGUGCCAAGUUUCACCCACACCAUCUGGUGUGCCACUUCUGCCUUAAACCCCUUAGUAAGGGCUGCUUCAAAGAGCAGGACAGCAAACCAUACUGCCACCCCUGCUUCAUCAAACUCUUUGGCUGAGAAGAACGAAGAGAGAUGAUUAAACAUAUUACUCAUGCAAUGUAUCAUACUGUGAUGGAUUUUCUUUUCCUUACUUCUCUUUUAGGCCUUACAUUCUAAACUCUUGAACAAAAUGUACUCUGAAAAAUGUUUGUGUCUAUGGAAAAUUCUGAGAUGCUGACCAGACAAUAUCAAAAAUAUACUGUCUAGAAUAGUCUCAUGACAUAUUGAGAAAUCAACUGAACUUCUAACCUUUUGCAUUUUUUAUUUUGCUAAGUUUGCUUCUACCUAGUAACAGAAGGGUUUGCAUAUAAAGAACCAGCAAAUUGUAUGUAAAUGAUGUAAUGUAUCAUGUCACUUUUUUACAUGCGCCUAUUCUAUAAAAACGGUUGUAUUCUUUUUUGCUGGUGGGAUUCUCUCUGAUAUUUGUCUAAAAUCCUCCAGCCAUGAUUAAAGCAUAUUCAAAGG